CCUACGAUCAAUUUAAAUUUGAUUGAAUGUGGACAGUUGAAUGUUUUCGUUUUAACCAUUCAUUAGACAUCUUUUUUUUAUUUACGAGAGUUCUACAGUGGGGCACAUGAUUUGGAUGGAUGAUGAAAACGUAUGGGCCUUAACGACAAUCACAUUUUUUUGCUUUUGUUGCAUGCGUCGUUCUAGAAGCAAGCCCCAUUUUUUUGGAUUCAACGAACAGCUAUUUGGGCUCCCAAUUCAAUGCCAGGCCACAUGGAAAAAAACGUUGUAUUGUAUUAAAGCUCUAUAAAAACCCAAGUCGUAAUAAUGCUCUCUUCCAUUCUAAUCUCUUGUUGCAGCCCAUGUUCAAGUAGCAUACACCCACAGUCCUCUCAGCUGAGUAUUUUGCAUUUGAAGGAGAGAGAUUGCAGCUUGGUCUUUGACUCUUGCCAUCUGAAGAGAGCUGAGCAUUUGAAGAAAAAGGUGUGAAGUGUUCUAAAAUGGCAUUGUCAAGGAUUCUAAGAAGUAGCUUAAGACAGUCAUUAGCUGCUAAUUCAGCAGCAAAAAUGUCCAUUAGCAAUGACAUAAACCAGAAUGGUGUGGUGUCGGCCAGCCAACGCUACUCAUCUUUGACUAGAAACGUUGCGCCAAACAGCGAUUUCAAGUCCCAAACGAUGGAUUCUAUCAGUUUUUGGAGAAGGGGAAUAAGCAUAUUGCCUCACCGCCAACUCCCUUUAGCCGAGAGCGUUAUUGAGGAUUCCGACUCGGAGUUCGAUGGUAGUAAGUUAUUACCAGGGUUGGGGCCAACAAAGCCGCACGAGAAGCCAAGGGUUGUUGUUUUGGGUACUGGGUGGGCCGCCUGCCGGUUUCUGAAAGGGCUGGACACGAAGAUGUAUGACGUUGUUUGCAUAUCGCCGAGGAAUCAUAUGGUUUUCACUCCUCUACUCGCGUCUACUUGCGUUGGGACGCUUGAAUUCCGGUCGGUUGCCGAGCCAGUCAGUCGGAUACAGCCUGCAUUGGCAGGUUCUCCCAAUUCUUACUUCUACCUGGCCUCUUGUAAAGGAAUCGACAUGGACAAACAUGAAGUUUAUUGUGAGACAAUUAGCAAUGAUGGACUCCUUCAUGAUCCUUAUCGCUUUAAGGUGGCGUAUGAUAAGCUAGUCAUUGCAGCCGGGGCUGAUCCCUUAACUUUCAACAUCAAUGGGGUGAAGGAACAUGCGUUUUUUCUCCGUGACGUACCACAUGCUCAAGAAAUACGAAGGAAGCUCCUUUUGAAUCUCAUGCUCUCUGAAAAUCCUGGCAUAUCGGAAGAAGAAAAGAAGCGCCUCUUACACUGCGUUGUCAUUGGAGGUGGCCCCACAGGUGUUGAGUUCAGCGGCGAACUAAGUGAUUUCAUCAUGAAAGAUGUACAUGAACGGUAUUCUCAUGUUAAGGACCACAUUCGUGUCACCCUCAUAGAGGCAAAUGAAAUCUUGUCGUCAUUUGAUGUUGGAUUGAGGCAAUAUGCAACCAAGCAUUUGACCAAGUGCGGUGUUCGCCUUGUGCGGGGUGUCGUGAAAGAGGUGCACCAAAAGAAGAUAGUCCUCAACGAUGGGACCAAUGUUCCCUAUGGUCUACUAGUCUGGUCUACAGGGGUCGGCCCCUCGCAGUUUGUGAAAUCACUAGGUCUUCCUGAGUCUCCUGGUGGAAGAAUCGGUAUUGAUGAGUGGUUGCGGGUUCCUUCAGUAGAAGAUGUGUUUGCACUUGGAGAUUGUGCUGGUUUUCUUGAACAGACAGGGAAACAAGUUCUUCCAGCUCUAGCUCAGGUCGCAGAGAGGGAAGGCAAGUACCUAGCAGAGCUUUUCCGUAAGAUAGGAAAGCAGAAUGGAGGCAAAGCUUUCAGUGCCAAAGACAUCCCUCUAGGAGAUCCUUUUGUCUAUAAACACCUCGGAAGCAUGGCAUCUGUAGGGCGUUAUAAAGCACUGGUCGAUCUACGCCAAAGCAAGGAUACAAAGGGCCUUUCGCAUGCAGGGUUUAUCAGCUGGCUGAUUUGGCGUUCCGCAUACCUGACACGUGUCCUCAGUUGGAGGAAUAGGUUCUACGUGGCUGUUAACUGGGCCACCACGUUCGUUUUCGGCCGCGACAACACCAGGAUAGGCUAAUGUGGCACUCUAUUCAACACUUAGCUGGAUGUCACGUUGCAAUCUCUCGAUGAGGGUCGCAAUGCAUGGCAUCAGCUUCAAUUUUGGUUCUUUUUCUCCUUUUCGCCAAUAAAAUCUUUGUAAGAGUGAUUUUUUUUU